CUAUUUUUUUUUUAAUUAAAGCAGAAUCACCUUUUCAUCUUUGUACGUGUAUAAUUCAGUAUAGAUAAUCAAAUUAAAGGAGUAAUGCUAGUCGUCGUUCCUUGCUGGCAGUGUCGAUUUUACUCGCUCAAGGUAACAUUCCCCUUGCCACUAUAUUUGGGCCCACUAACAUACAGAGGGCUAUCCCAUAGAUUUAUAUGGUCUAGAAAUACGCAAUUCUAUUACUCACUUCAUAAAGAAAUAUGAAAUACGAUAUAGCUAGGCGCUGGUGCACAGCCCAAGUGUUUGGACUCUUACCCGCUAUGCAAGUUCCCUCCCGU